AACAAUAAAUAGAGGUUAUCGAAACAGACAACUUGUUGUGUUUUCUUUUACGUUUCAAUACGUUUAAUAAAUUAAUUAUUUAUAUCAAUAAAAAUAUCUAAAUAAAAAUGCCAAAAGUUGUAUCAAGAAGUAUAAUUUGUUCGGAUACAAAAGAUCAAGAAGAAUAUGGUGAAGAAAAACCACUGCACACUUAUUAUUGUCUCUGUGGACAAAUGACACUUAUUUUGGAUUGUGCUGUUGAAAAAUUACCACUGAGAAAACGUGAUGGAGCAAGAGUUAUUGAUGGAAGUAAACAUGCUCACAGAGUAACAUGUGAGCAAGAUGAAACAGUUUAUCUUAAACGUCAAGAGGGAAUUGAAAGACAAUUUCGACAAAAAUGCAAAAAAUGUGGACUCUUGUUAUAUUAUAAACAUGAUCGAACAUCAAAUGUUGUAUUUAUUGUAAAAGGAUCUGUUAUUCAAAGCUCAGGAGAAGGACCAAUGACUGAUAUUUAUAAUCAAGUUGCAAUUGAAAAACCAAAGAAAAUUAUGGUGACAAAACAUACUAAAAAUAUGGGUAAAUUUAGUUCAGUAACAGUAUCAACAAUUGACGAAGAAGAAGAUGAAAUUGAAGCUAGAGAAGUUGCUGAUUCAUAUGCAAAUAAUGCUCGAAUAAUUGAGAAACAAUUAGAAAGAAAAGGAAUAAGUAAAAGAAAAGCACAAGUAAUGCCACCACCUGAACCAGAAAGCACAAAAAGAACAAAACCUAGAGGUACACUAUUGAAUAUGUAAAUUAUUAAUUUAAAAAAAUAAAUAAAUAAAUAUAUGUACAGGUAAAUAAUUAAAACAAAUUUUUGUAUUUUAAUAUUGUUGUAUUGAAAUAAUUUAACAUUACAUUAAAAGUAAAUCAUUCAAAAUAUAUAUAAAUGACUAGAUAAUUAUAAUCAAUUAUAAUUAAUUAAUUUAUAAUAAUAAUCGGCUAUUUAUUUUCACAAAUAUCCUAUAUUUAAUUAUUUCAAAUGAAAAAAAAAAAACAAA